CGGAGUAGGUGGGGACGACGGCUUCUUUGCUGUGUCUGCUGCUGCUGCUACUGCUGCUGUUGCUGUUGAUGUUACUGGUCAAGCCAGCGAGCUGACUGGCGCGUAAGGCGGGCGAAAUUCAUGAGGGAAAGAGAGAGAAAAAGAGAGAAAGGGAGAGGGUGUGAAGGAAGGAAGGAAGUGGAAGGAAAAAAAAGAAAGAGAGAAAGAGAAGGAUACCUCGACAGCGCGCCUUCCACACACACACUCUACGAACUGUCCAACACACGCUGUGUGCGCGCGCGGUAAACAAAACAACGUCCCCCUUUGCACAACACCCAACACUGCAAUCGCACCUUCUUCUUCGGCUGGCUCGGAGGAGAAGACGUAACGAAGGACAUGGGACGCCGGAGGCACGAGGUUCUUUCUCAAGACCAGGCAGUGCAGUGCGCUGCCGCUCGUUGCUUUGUUUUGUUUCUUUUCUUGUUCGUUUCUUGUCGAUGUUUCUUCUUAUCUUUUCAUCUUUCUUCAAGACAUUUUUCUUCUUCAUUUUCUUUUCUUAUUUCUUCAUUCUUCAUUUUUUUCUUCUUCUUGUUGUUACUUUACGGGCUUCUCUCGCCUUUCGCUCUCUUUUGUCCGUCGGCAUCGCUGUCCGGUUGUCGCAACGAACCAGCUCGCGGUUUCGGUCAAGCAGUCGCAGUAUCAGUCAGCAGCAGAGCAGAAGCAGUCAAGCAAAGCAGAUACCUACAAACCCGCUCUUCCUCCCGUCAUGUACCUACCUAUACUUGUCUCCGUCCCCGUCUCUCUUCCUCUGCUGUCGCUCCUGCCUUCCUGUGCUUUUGCUGUUCCGCGUCACACACACGCGCAAAUGCAUCGCUUGGUGCCUUUCUUCUUCCCCCUUCUUCUUGUUGCUUUUACCUUACUUGGCUUGGUUUUGAUGUCGCUUUCAACUUCAACUUCGCUUCGCUUCUAGCUGGGCUCUGGGCUCUGGGCCUUGGGACUUGGUGCUUCUUUUUGGAUGCUUGGAUGCAUGCUUGGAUGGGCGGUUUGUUGUACGUAUGUAGAUGGUUGGGUUAGUGGUUGUAUAUGUAUGAUUUAUGAUGGCUUACUUCUUACUUCUUGCUGCUUACUGCUUCUUUGUUGCUGCU